AUGUAUACUUCUUUCUCCACCCUUUCCGUCUUCGUUCUCGCCGCGGCUCAGUUCUCGCCGUCGCUCGCUGCACCUAUCUCUUCCAGUGCUGGGACUAUACAGGCACGUGUUAGCGCUCGAGGUUCAUUCCUUGAAAGUGACUUCGUGUUUGCUCCGCCUGCUUCGCUCGGCAGCAUCCCCACUGGACAAGAAUCCCGCGGAGACCUCUUCGGUCGGGACGGUGCGACGCUUCCUGGCGGUAGCGGUAGCGGUGUGACCAUUAUUGGGCGGCAACUCCCCGACUCCAUUCUCUCUGGAGGAAACAAGGAGCUGCCGGGAGAUCUGAAGAGCAACGGGAUCAUCUUCAAGCGUGACGACGAUGACGAUGGCGAGCGCCUUCAGGAUGGGAAUCACUCGUCGGGCAUGGUAUACGGACGCACCGACAUUGGUCAACGCUUCGUCUGCGGCGGCGAUACCGGUCUCGAGUGCCCGACUACUACUGUGUCCACGACAGCACCAGGAUUACCAGUACCCUUCAGGGAACUCGAUACGCGUGAGGAGGCAGUCAAGGCGCGCAAUGGGUUCUUCGGUGAACCCCAACAUAUCACACCGCCAAUUGGCCUUCAGCACGGAGGCGAAGCUGCGGGCGCCUUGUUCAGACGUGACGCGAACAAGCGCAUCGUGUGCAACACUACCGCCGGCGUCGACUGCUCCGACUUGCCCUCGCCGUCGUCGGUUCCUGACUUCCCUCCAUCCGUCCGCAUUCUGAAAGCGCGCGAGAUCACGAACAUCGACGGCAAGCGGGUUGGUGUGCCGACAACUGGUCUACCGUUUGGUGAUGAAGGGCCAGGUGCUGUGUCCUUGGGAAAGCCCGCGAAUGAGCCUCGCGAGUUGUUCAACAAGGCCGGCGGCAUGUUUGGCAGCGGUUUCCUCGGAGGGCACGACAACGAGCCUUCCACCACUGGUCAAUCCAUCGACGAUAGCAACACCCAACUCAGCGCACGGGAUGGCUCUGACAUCGCGCGUCGUGCUCUACGGGACGCAUCUGAGGGUGCCCUUUGGGGCCCUGCCGCGCGUGGAGAGCAUCAGUCUCGCGCGCUGGAUAACGGUCAGAUCCGUGCGCCCUGA